CUCAACCCCUCUCUUUUUAUGCAAGAUCCAUGGCGUAGGCGUGAAAUCUGCAGCCGUCCUUGCAAGUACAAAUAAACUUGGAUGGGCAGGAGAGCGAGAAUUAUCAGGAGCUGUUUCUUUGGGAAGAAGCAAGUAUAACACGAAGAAACAAAUAUUUUAAAAUCAGCAGGAAUGAAAAAGAGGAGUGGAAUGAAUUCUGUGUUCCUUGAGGUGUUGAUGCCUGUGAAUGCCUGCUGUCGCAAGACGUUUUUGAACUGAACAGGAGGGAAGAGUAUCCAGUCUUGGGGAAAAUAUUGAAAUAUAAAUCAAAUAGACACUGCAGAACCCACAGAAGGGAGAACACCAUAUAAAUGAGAGGAGCGAAGGAGGAGCUUCAGUUGCAGCCCUGCCCUAAGGAUAAGAGAUUCCACACUGGAAGAAGGCUUAUAAACCUAUGAAUGGUGCAAAGUGAAAACCAUACUUCAUAUCAAACUGUAGAGUAAGGGAAGAAAGAGGAAUCUUUACUUCCUUUUUAAAAUCUUGGAAUUCCUAGGAUACCCACCUUCUUAAUCGUUUUCCCCAUAGCAGCUGAUUUCUGACAGUCUUCUGAAGUGACACUGCAGAAAAACAGGUUGGAAGAGAGAUGGCUGGAAAGAAAAGGGGUCGAAAGAGGAACGGGGGAAACCAGGGAAAUAAAACCUCUACUUCUCAGAGCACCAAUGUCCGCAAACUCCCUGUUCCACAAGACCACAAAGGAAGAAGUGAAAAGUGCCCAGACUGUGGGAAGACAUUCACAUCUAAAUCAAAUUUAAAUAGACACUGCAAAAUCCACAGAAGGGGGGAGAUAUAUAAAUGCGAGGAGUGUGGAAAGGGCUUCAGUGAAAGGGGAGACCUUAAUUCACACCGGAGAACUCACAGACGUGAGAAGGGUUAUGAGUGUGUGGAGUGUGAAAAGAGCUUCAGUUGUAUCAGAAACCUGACUGUACAUCAAAGAACUCACACAGGGGAGAAGCCAUAUCAGUGUAUGGAGUGUGGAAAGAGCUUCAGUAAAACAGGAGCCCUUAACAUCCAUCAAAGAAUCCACACAGGGGAGAAGCCAUAUGAAUGUAUGGAGUGUGGGAAAUGCUUCGCUCAGAGAGGAGCCCUUAAUAUACAUCAAAGAAGCCACACAGGGGAGAAACCAUAUGAAUGCCUGGUGUGUGGAAAGAGCUUCUGUCAGAAAGGAGGCCUUACUGUCCAUGAAAGAACACACACAGGGGAGAAGCCAUAUGAUUGUUUGAAGUGCGGGAAGAGCUUCAGAGAUACCGGAAAACUUGCUGUGCACCUAAGAACUCACACAGGGCUGAAGCCAUAUGAAUGUAUGGAGUGUGGGAAAUGCUUCGCUCAGAGAGGAGCCCUUAAUAUACAUCAAAGAAGCCACACAGGGGAGAAACCAUAUGAAUGCCUGGUGUGUGGAAAGAGCUUCUGUCAGAAAGGAGGCCUUACUGUCCAUGAAAGAACACACACAGGGGAGAAACCAUAUGAAUGUGUGGAGUGUGGGAAGAGCUUCAGUCAACAGGGGCACUUUAUUGUACAUCAAAGAACACACACAGGGCUAAAACCAUAUAAAUGUUUGGAAUGUGGAAAGAGUUUCUCUUGUACUUCAGUACUUAACAAACAUCAAAUAAUCCACACAGCAGCAAGGCCCUUUGAAUGUGUGGAGUGUGGAAAGAAGUUCAGAAGCAGUAGUUAUCUAACUAAACAUUUAAGAAUACACAGAGGGCUAAAACCAUAUAAAUGUUUGGAAUGUGGAAAGAAUUUCGGCCGUAGCAUAUGCCUUGUUCUCCAUCAAAGAAUCCAUACAGGGGAGAAACCAUAUAAAUGUAUGGAGUGUGGGAAGAACUUCCGUUGUAAUGGAAGUCUUAGUUCCCAUCAAAGAACUCAUACAGGGGAGAAGCCGUAUGUGUGUGUGGAAUGCGGAAGGAGGUUCAAGAACAGCGGAAAUCUUUUCCAGCAUAAAAUAGCUCACACGGGUUUGAAGCCAUAUGAAUGCGAUAAGUGUGGGAAAUGCUUCACUCAGAGUGGAGCCCUUAAUGCACAUCGAAGAAGCCACACAGGGGAGAAACCUCAUGAAUGCAUGCAGUGUGGAAAGAGCUUCAGUGAGAGAAAAUAUCUUACUGUACAUCUAAGAAUCCACACAGGGGAGAAACCAUACAAAUGUGUUGAGUGUGGAAGGAGCUUCAGUAUUAGCGGCUCACUUCGUUAUCAUCAAAGAACCCACACAGGGGAGAAGCCAUUUAAAUGUGAGGAGUGUGGGAAGAGCUUCUCGAUAAAAGGAAACCUAACUACGCAUGAAAGAAUCCAUGCAGGCGUGAAACCGUUUAAAUGUUUGGAAUGUGGAAGGUGCUUUGGUUGCAGUGGAAGCUUUACUAAACAUCAAAGAAUCCACACAGGAGUGAAGCCAUAUAAAUGUAUGGAGUGUGGAAAGAGCUUCAGCCAAAGCGGAAGUCUUACUACCCAUCAGAGAAUCCACACAGGGGAGAAGCCGUAUGAAUGCCAGGAGUGUGGAAAGAGCUUUUGUGCUAAAUCUAACCUUACUCACCAUCAAAGAAACCACGCUGUGCUCGAUCGAGUCCAGAGAACCCUGCACAGGGAAGUUAUGGAAGAGAAUUAUGGAAAUCGGGCUUCUGCAGGUGAUGGGAGGGAGAGCAACAAAGAGGAUGGGCAGCAGAGAAUUAAAACUGAAGCAGAAGAGAAUUUGAGGGAGAAAGCUGUUGUUCCAGAAGGCACUGGCUUCAGUGAAAUUGUGAUGCCAGAAGAAUGUCACACAGGAAAGAAACAGGCAAAAAUCCCCCGAAGUACAAGAGCCAUGACUAGGAUGUCAAGCCUUAGGAAUCUUAGAAGACCGCGUGAAGGGGCGAAACCAUUUAAAUGUUCAGAGUGUGGAAGGAGCUUCAACUACAGGAAACAUCUCAUUGUGCAUGAAAGAAUCCACACAGGUGAGAAACCAUAUAAAUGCUCAGAGUGUGGAAAGAGCUUCACUCAGAGCAGUACCCUUUUUAAUCACCGAAGGAUCCAUACAGGAGAGAAACCGUUUGAGUGCUCAGAGUGCGGAAAGAGCUUCACUAGCAGCAGCAGUCUUUCAUAUCAUCACCGAAUCCACACUGAAGAGAAACCUUAUAAGUGUUUUCAUUGUGAAAAGAACUUCAGCCAGAGGAGUGAGCUUCUUUCUCAUCAGAGAAUCCACACGGGGGAGAAACCUUAUAAAUGCACAGAGUGCGGGAAGAGUUUUACUCACAGCAGUAGCCUUUCUUAUCAUCGAAGGGUUCAUAAAGGAGAAAAACCAUAUAAAUGUUCUGAGUGUGGAAAGAGUUUCUGUCAGAGCAGUGGCCUCAUCUCUCAUCAAAGAAUCCACACAGAAGAAAAACCAUACCAAUGCUCAGUGUGUGGAAAGAACUUCACUCAUAACAAUAGCCUUUGUAAACAUAAAAGAAUUCAUACAGGAGAGAAACCGUAUACAUGCUCAGAGUGUGGAAAGAGCUUCAAUAAUAGCAGUAGUCUUUCUUAUCAUGAAAGAACCCACACAGGAGAGAAGCCGUAUAAAUGUUUUCAUUGUGGAAAGAGCUUCAGCCAGAGCAGUCACCUUCUUUCUCAUCAAAGAAUCCAUACAAGAGACAAACUGUAUAAAUGCUCGGAGUGCGGAAAGAGCUUCACUUAUAGCAGUAGCCUUUCUUACCAUCAAAAAAUGCAUACAGGAGACAAACCAUUUAAAUGUUCUGAGUGUGGAAAGAGUUUUUUUCAGAGCUAUGGCCUUCUCUAUCAUCAAAGAUUCCACACUGGAGGAAAACCAUAUAAGUGCCUGGUGUGUGGCAAAAAUUUCAGUCAUAACAGUAUUCUUUCUAGUCAUCAGAGACUCCACACAGGAGAGAAACCGUAUAAAUGUUCAGAGUGUGGAAAGAGCUUCACUAAUACUAGUAGUCUUUCUUACCAUCAAAAAAUUCAUAUAGGAGAGAAGCCAUUUAAAUGUGGUGAGUGCGGAAAGAGUUUCUGUCAGAGCCAUGACCUGCUUAAUCAUCACAGAAUCCACACUGGAGUGAAACCAUAUAUAUGCUCAGUGUGUGGCAAGAACUUCACUCACAGUAGUGGCCUGUCUAAUCAUCAGAGACUCCAUACAGGCGAGAAACCAUUUAAAUGUUCAGAGUGUGGAAAGAGCUUCAGUUGUAGCCAGACCUUAACAACACACUACAGACUACAUACAGGAGAGAAAGCAUUUGCAUGUUCAGAGUGUGGAAAGAGCUUCAACCAGAAAACUCACCUUACUAACCAUCAAAGGACCCAUACGGGAGAGAAACCAUAUAAAUGCUUAGACUGUGGGAAGAGCUUCAGCCGAAGCAGUACACUCUCUAAUCAUCAGAAGCUCCAUACAGGAGAGAAGCCAUAUAAAUGCUCGGAGUGUGGGAAGAGCUUCGCUCAGAGCAGUGGCCUUUCUUCCCAUCAAAGGAUCCAUGCAGGAGAGAAAUCAUAUAAAUCAUAUAAAUGCUUAGAGUGUGGGAAGAGUUUCACUAAUAAUGUUCGCCUUUCUUAUCAUCAAAGAAUCCACACAGGGGUGGAGAUCCUUUUGGGCUCUGGGAGCCAGAUCAUUAUCUGGCCCCACCAAGAGGACCAAACAGGACAGGUAGGUGGAACAAACCACCUGUCAAUCACAUGAUGUCAUAGUGAUGUCGCAUGGCUGGCAGGUGGCUUGCUGCACUCACCAGUCAAAAUCCCUUGCAGUGUUCCCUGGUGGCCAUUGUAAAUCGGUCAUUACCUGUAUAUUGCAGGAUCUGCCUCCCCGCUGUCUUUCCCAGUGUUAUUCACACAGUAAAUGGCUGUGCGUUGCAAGCACUUUGCUCCAAGCACAGGGCCAGCAAAGUGCCUCUUUCUCUCCUCCCUAUCAGCUGUUGGGGAGAGGAGAAGCAAGCCUGUGUUUCGCAAGCCUGCUGCCGGUGCUUGCAAAAUGAAAUGAU